AAAUUUGGACUACAGCAGCGAAAUUGGAAGAGGAAAACGGCAAUAAACACAUGGUAGAGAAGAUCAUCGAUCGCGCUAUAUCCUCGUUGAGUGCGAACGGGGUAGAGAUCAACAGGGAACAUUGGUUCAAGGAAGCAAUGGAAGCUGAAAAGGCGGGAGCGGUGCAUUGUUGUCAGGUUAUCGUCAAGGCUAUUAUCGGUUUUGGAGUAGAAGAAGAAGAUAGAAAGCAUACUUGGAUGGAAGAUUCGGAAACUUGUGCUCAACAAGGGGCAUUAGAAUGUGCGAGAGCAGUCUACGCGUACGCAUUAACGGCAUUUCCUAGUAAGAAAUCGAUUUGGCUGCGCGCGGCUUAUUUCGAAAAGACAUACGGAACACGAGAAUCCUUGGAAGCUUUGUUACAAAGAGCAGUCGCUCAUUGUCCGAAGAGUGAAGUGCUCUGGCUGAUGGGUGCUAAAUCUAAGUGGUUGGCUGGUGACGUGCCAGCAGCCAGAGGUAUCUUAUCUCUCGCGUUUCAAGCCAAUCCAAAUUCCGAAGAGAUUUGGUUGGCAGCAGUGAAGCUCGAAUCCGAAAACUCGGAGUACGAGAGAGCGCGACGUUUAUUGGCCAAGGCUAGAGCAUCUGCUCCGACGCCGAGAGUGAUGAUGAAAAGCGCUAAACUGGAAUGGGCUCUUAAUAAUUUGGAUGCGGCGUUGCGUUUACUCAAGGAAGCUCUCGAAGCUUUCGAUGAUUUUCCUAAACUAUGGCUGAUGAAAGGUCAAAUCGAAGAACAGCAGGGUUAUUUAGACAGAGCAAUAGAAACAUAUAAUCAAGCGAUCAAGAAAUGUCCAAAUUCGAUACCUCUAUGGCGUCUGCUAGCACAAUUGGAACACAGAAAGAACCAAGUGACCAAGGCACGUUCGGUUUUGGAGAAAGCUCGACUCAAGAAUUCUAAAAAUGCAGAAUUAUGGUUGGAAGCUAUCCGGAACGAAUUAAAAAGCGGCGGCGGACGCGACAUGCCAGAUAUGCUAAUGGCUAAAGCGUUACAAGAAUGCUCUACAUCGGGCCUCCUUUGGGCGGAGGCAAUUUUCAUGGAACUACGACCGCAACGGAGAACUAAGAGUGUGGAUGCUCUUAAAAAAUGCGAACACGAUCCACACGUUCUUUUAGCAGUAUCAAAAUUAUUUUGGUGUGAACGUAAGAUAUCAAAAUGCAGAGAUUGGUUUAAUAGAACGGUCAAGAUAGACCCGGAUUUAGGUGACGCUUGGGCAUAUUUCUACAAGUUUGAAUUAUUAAAUGGCACCGAAGAACAGCAGGAAGAUGUAAAGAAAAGAUGUAUUGUCGCAGAACCUCAUCAUGGUGAAAAUUGGUGUAAGGUUUCCAAAAAUAUAGCAAACUGGUGUCUAAUUACAGAUCAGAUUCUAGUAAAAGUUGCAAAAGAGUUACCUAUUCCUAUAUAAGAUAAAAAUUGCUUUUCACAUUUCGACAAAUUAAAAUGCAAUGACAAAGUAUUUAUUAAUGUAUAUUAGUAACGAGUAAGUUUGUAAAUAAAACUGAAAGAAUCGAUCAAUCU